AUGGAUCCUUUCCUGUCACUUCCCGCUGAGCUUCAGGUUCAAAUUCUGACCCAACUCCAGACAAGCAGCCUCCACCAGAUGAUCAGGGCGUCGCCGGCCAUGCUGCAUGAGUAUACGCAUUCCAAGAGCUACAUUGCCGGGGUGUUUAUAUCAAAAGACUUUGACGAUGAGCUCAUGCAAGAUGCCAUGGCGGUUCUGACCUUCCCGGAUCUGGAUGCUCCCGAUUAUCCCCAUGAGGCCGUUGAACAUCACCUCGAGAUGUGGGCGUCGAAGCAGUUGUCCAACCCCCUCGAGACACAUGACCAGGAGGCCAUAGAGGACCUGGAAAGGCUACGUAUUCGACUUCGCAUCUUCAUGGGAGACUACGUAGCCAAAGCAAUAGCUCGUGUCCCUUUCCGCCAGUACCGCCAGCUUCCGACCCCUUCACCAACCCAGGCUGGCAUUUUCGACGUUGACCGGUUGAGCGACUCGGAGCGGAGAAGAUUCUUCCAGGCCUUCUUGAGGUACGAGCUUCUCUCCAAAAUCUACAGCCAGACGUGUAGUCUCGGCUUGUACUGGCGCUGGAAUUGGAAGAAGCUCUGGGAGGUUAGAGACGUUCGUGUUGGACCGCACUGGGAGGUGGAGGCACUUCUUUGCGUCCACAACUACCUCGAAUCGCUCUACGGGGCCAUGAUUAUUCGUUGCAACGAUGCCAUGGCACGAGAGAAACGUUCCCCUUUUCGACGACAAUGGGAUGGGUACGACACUCACUGGAACCCUGAAUACUCCCCGUGUCUAUCUAAGAGCGAGGCCCGCGUCGCGGGUACCUUGGCGCAUCACGGCCUUGACCUCGUCUCCAGCAUACUUGGAGUCGCCAACACUGGCAUCGGUGGCUGCCGUCGUCUUGGGUCAUGGUUUAAAGCCUUCAACACCGAGGUCCACAACCGUUCCGUUGAUUCCUUGCCCAACACCGACCUGGGCACCACAACUCACGAGGCACCGGGCUUGUACAAGAAGUUGCUCGGCUACUCAUUGUUGGAUACCUUCAUGAACUCGGAACUUUACAGACAGCGAGCCUGGGCCUUCUUUGAUGAUGAUCGGUUCAUGCCUAACCGUGACACAUGGGAACUGUUUUCGGGUGAUGUCUGGCAGGAUGAUAUACGGAACAAUAUCCCGUAUGAUCACUUCAAGGGGCAGGCGGAGACCUUGGACGACGAUAGCGACGAUUACUCGGAGGAGACAAGGGGCCAUGGGAAGAGAGUCGUUCUAGGACCGCGACGGUUCUUUGCGAGACAGCUGGAGGGCGAGUUGGUUGUUUUCUGGCCCAGCUCAACAUCCCACAACUGUACCUUUAUGCACUCUGGCCUUGGUGCCUAUGCAGGGCCCCUUGGAGGGAGUAUUACAACCGCGCCCACAGUGGUAGACGAUGGCCAAGUAAGCAUUGCGAACCAGCAUGAUGUUAGAGAGCGAGAGCGCUUCUAA